CAAGUCGUUUUUUGACAAAGUCAAAGAUGUUUGGAGGGAAUCUGGACCCUCCCAAACAUGUGAAACGGUCAAGACCCAACCCGAUGACCUACGACAUACAAUUACCCUGUAUCACACCAGGAGUUUAUGGCCAUCGCGGUCGCCAACCCAAUACCGACUACCACGUCCGUUUGUUACACCACCGGCAACAUCUCCGCGAUGCUGACACCGAAUUUCUAGCAUCGGAAGCUAAAAGACUCCUCAAAGAGACCGUCACCGCCAAAUACGACAAACAUGCCGAAAAAAAAGUCUUCCAGAGACAUAUCCAGGAACGUUUCAAGGAGAAAGUCAAAGCUUAUGAAGAGACAAUCGAGACCAGACGUGCCAAAUUGAGGGAGCUUUUAUGCAAAGAAGAGCAAGAAUUUAUACUUGAAACUAUCGACAAAGCUCAGAAAGGUGUGGAUUCGAAAAUGGAAGACAUGAAAAACAAAGCCCAGUUACUGAAAGCGCAGAGAGAAGCUGAAAGACUUGAGAUUGUCAAUCAAAAACGGAUGCAGCAAUACAUUGAUGGUUGUGUGGAGUUGCGUCCAGUUGUCUAUCAAAGAAAUCUCGUCGAUAGCAAAAAUGCCCAACUUCAACAAAUGAAAGAGAAUCAAAUACGCAAAGAGUCUGAACGCGAACUGAAUGUCAUGUGGCAUAAUCUGAUGAAAAAAGAACAAGAAGCAAAGAUGGAGAAGGAAGUGCAAGAUUUGCUCAAACAAAACCGCGCAAUGCAAGAAACAAUGCAGACAUGGGAGAAACAGAUUUACGGCAAAGAAUUACUGAAACAAGAAGCUGAAAAGGUCGCUGCUGAAGACCGUUUAGAGAUGAUUAAACUACAGGAACAAAUUCGUCGUGAAGAAAUCGAAGCUUUAGAUGCCAAACGCCGAAAACGUGACCAAGUCGCUCAAGAAUUGAGAGAACAAAUCCAAGUCCAGGAAAAAUUCAUUGCACAAAGGAAGAAAGAGGAAGAUGCUUUAAAUAAUGCCAUGAGUCGAUUGGCCGAAGUUGAAUUAGAGAAAGAAAGGCAAAAGAUUAAAGAUACCACGUCGUUAGCAAGACGCGAAACUGCGAUCUACCGCAACCAUUUGAAAGAGUUAGAAAUGGAGAGGAAGCGAGAAGAGGAGCAAUUAAACAAACUUUUGGAAGAGCACAGAAAGAUGAUUGAGAAGAAACAAGAAGAUGCGUAUUGCAAAUUGAAGAAAGCGCGUCAAGAUUUACAGAAAAAUGUUUUAGCUGAAAGGGCCCAACAGUUGGAGUACAAGAGACAGGAAGCCGAAAACCAUCUCAAGUUGAAAGAGGCCGAAAACGAGCUGUUGAGGAUGGCUUGGGAAACCAAUGAAAGACUUCAAGCUGAGCAUGACCGGCUUCAAGCCGAACAAGUGAAGCAGUAUAGAGAAGAUUUGAAGCAACAGAUUGAAUAUAAUAAUGAGCAAAGGAGACUUGAGAAAGAGAAGCUGGAACGGGAAUUGGCUGAAGGACUUGCCGAGGAAGAGCGUCGUCGCCAACACGUCUUGGAGUUGAUUAACGCAAGAUUGGAAGACCCGGCGUUCAAACAUCCGUUUAGAAGAGUUUUAGAACGUCAGACUUGUCCUUGUCCUAAUCCACCCACAUGAAAUUACUUGUACAACAAAAAAAAUAUUACAGAAUU